AUGCCCACCUUCCGAGUUGCUCUUCAUCAGCAAACGUCGUGUCUAAAUAGUUCCGAUUCACAAGGGCUUGAUGCGAAGUUUAUUAUUCCUUUUGGGCGUCCCUAUACAACCAUUUAUCAAGAAAUUUUCAACAAUACAUUCUGCUUCUCAACGAAAGAAGCUUAUCACGAAAUCAAGGAGAAGUCUUAUUUCGCAAAAUAUUGUCAACUUUUGUCAGAAAAAGAAAGUGUUAUAAAAGAGAAUGAGAAAGAAAUAGAAAAACUGAAGAAUCAAAAUGAAAGACACGGAUCAGAAAACAGAAAUCAUUGCCGAAAGAUAAUCGAGUUCUAUAGGCGAGAAGAAACAUUAAAAAAUGAAAUACGUGAGCUGCAAGAUAUUGAUGCGACCCACCUCAUGGAACUAAGUGCAUUGAACGGCAAAGCGAUACAGCGAGAAAAGCGAUUAAAUGACGAAGUUUUUCAUCUUCUGAGCAUCGAAAGGCAACAAGAAAAAACGAUUCAAGAAUUUAGCGGAAAAUGCGCAGCACUCAGAAACGAAAUUAAAAAUUUGCAGCAGAGUAUAAGCCGCAAAACUAACAAAAAUACUGAGUUAUCGAAAAAAUUGGAGUCCGAAAAGAAAUCGACCCGAGAUGCCAGUCAAAAAAUCAAGGAAUACCAUCAACUUGUGCAAGUUCUAGAGGACGAGUGUCACCAAGCAAGGGAGACUAAUCUUCAACUACUUGCUGAAAUCAAAGAAGAAAACUCAAAACUCAAAAAAGAGAACCAGGGUCUUAGCAGAGCGCUCACUAGAAAGCAUCAACAGCUUGAAUCUGCUAACUCAGAACUGGAAAUUUCUGCGAAAAGACAGAAAGAGUCCGAAGAUGAAAUCGCAUCCCUCAUGCAACUUCUUCAAAAAAAUCAAAACGACGAAGUCUUUGAAGCGCCCUUGAGCCGAGACCCGCUCCAGCGCAAGAAAAAAUUACACCAGCAUUUGCCAGCUGCGCUUUCUGGCUCUUCCCACUGGCUUAGCGCCGAUCAGCGCCUUUGCCACUCGCAAAACUCCGAUAAUCCGACGCCAAGCUCUUCGACUCCCAACAUCCAACAGGCCAAAUCCGAAAUAAGCUAA